GCAUGGCCUGCCGGGAGGGGGCAGGUAGCGGGCGGGCCGGGUCCAAUGGGUGCCGGCUCCCGAGGAGAGGGCGGAGGAGAGGAGGAAGGAGGCGAAUUCUGGGCCCCUGCCCCAUUCAUUGCGGCGGCCGGGCGGGCGGGGGUCCCGUGUUUUCUGAGUCAUGGAGGCGCUAAUUCCUGUCAUCAACAAGCUCCAGGACGUCUUUAACACAGUGGGCGCCGACAUCAUCCAGUUGCCUCAGAUCGUCGUAGUGGGAACGCAGAGCAGUGGAAAGAGCUCAGUGCUAGAAAGCCUAGUGGGGAGGGACCUGCUUCCCAGAGGUACUGGUAUUGUCACCCGGAGACCUCUCAUUCUGCAGCUGGUCCAUGUUUCACCAGAGGAUAAACGAAAAACAACAGGAGAAGAAAAUGGGGUGGAUGCAGAAGAAUGGGGUAAAUUUCUUCACACCAAAAAUAAGCUUUACACAGAUUUUGAUGAAAUUCGACAAGAAAUUGAAAAUGAAACAGAAAGAAUUUCAGGAAAUAAUAAGGGAGUAAGCCCUGAACCAAUUCAUCUUAAGAUUUUUUCACCCAGUGUCGUCAAUUUGACCCUUGUGGAUUUGCCAGGAAUGACCAAGGUGCCUGUAGGUGAUCAACCUAAGGAUAUUGAGCUUCAAAUCAGAGAGCUCAUUCUUCGGUUCAUCAGUAAUCCAAAUUCCAUUAUCCUCGCUGUCACUGCUGCUAAUACAGACAUGGCAACAUCAGAGGCACUUAAAAUUUCAAGAGAAGUAGAUCCAGAUGGUCGCAGAACCCUGGCUGUAAUCACUAAACUUGAUCUCAUGGAUGCGGGUACUGAUGCCAUGGAUGUAUUGAUGGGAAGAGUUAUUCCAGUCAAACUUGGAAUAAUUGGAGUAGUUAACAGGAGCCAGCUAGAUAUUAACAAUAAGAAGAGUGUAGCUGAUUCAAUCCGUGAUGAAUAUGCAUUUCUUCAAAAGAAAUAUCCAUCUCUGGCCAAUAGAAAUGGAACAAAGUAUCUUGCUAGGACUCUAAACAGGUUACUGAUGCAUCACAUCAGAGAUUGCUUACCAGAGUUGAAAACAAGAAUAAAUGUUCUAGCUGCUCAGUAUCAGUCUCUUCUAAAUAGCUAUGGUGAACCUGUGGAUGAUAAAAGUGCUACUUUACUCCAGCUUAUCACCAAAUUUGCUACAGAAUAUUGUAACACUAUUGAAGGAACUGCUAAAUAUAUUGAAACUUCAGAGCUAUGUGGUGGUGCUAGAAUUUGUUAUAUUUUCCAUGAGACUUUUGGGCGAACCUUAGAAUCUGUUGACCCACUUGGUGGCCUUAACACUAUUGACAUUUUGACUGCCAUUAGAAAUGCUACUGGUCCUCGUCCUGCUUUGUUUGUGCCUGAGGUUUCAUUUGAGUUACUGGUCAAGCGGCAAAUUAAACGUCUAGAAGAGCCCAGCCUUCGUUGUGUGGAACUGGUUCAUGAGGAAAUGCAAAGGAUCAUUCAGCACUGUAGCAACUACAGUACACAGGAAUUGUUACGGUUUCCUAAACUCCAUGAUGCCAUAGUUGAAGUAGUGACUUGUCUUCUUCGUAAAAGGUUGCCUGUUACAAAUGAAAUGGUCCAUAACUUAGUGGCAAUUGAAUUGGCUUAUAUCAACACAAAACAUCCAGACUUUGCUGAUGCUUGUGGGCUAAUGAACAAUAAUAUAGAGGAACAAAGGAGAAACAGGCUAGCAAGAGAAUUACCUUCAGGUGUAUCACGAGACAAGUCUUCUAAAGUUCCAAGUGCUUUGGCACCUGCCUCCCAGGAGCCCUCCCCUGCUGCUUCUGCUGAGGCUGAUGGCAAGUUAAUUCAGGACAGCAGAAGAGAAACUAAAAAUGUGAGUCUGUUGCUUCAAAAUGAAAAUGUUGCAUCUGGAGGUGGUGGGGUUGGAGAUGCUGUUCAAGAACCAACAACAGGUAACUGGAGAGGAAUGCUGAAAACUUCAAAAGCUGAAGAGUUACUAGCUGAAGAAAAAUCAAAACCAAUUCCAAUUAUGCCAGCCAGUCCACAAAAAGGCCAUGCUGUGAAUCUGCUAGAUGUGCCGGUUCCUGUUGCACGAAAACUAUCUGCCCGGGAACAGCGAGAUUGUGAGGUUAUUGAACGACUCAUCAAAUCAUAUUUUCUCAUUGUCAGAAAGAAUAUUCAAGACAGUGUGCCAAAGGCAGUAAUGCAUUUUUUGGUUAAUCAUGUGAAAGAUACUCUUCAGAGUGAGCUAGUAGGACAACUGUAUAAAUCAUCCUUAUUGGAUGAUCUUCUGACUGAAUCUGAGGACAUGGCACAGCGUAGGAAAGAAGCAGCUGAUAUGCUAAAGGCAUUACAAGGAGCCGGUCAAAUUAUUGCCGAAAUCCGAGAGACUCAUCUUUGGUGAUGAGAACUAUAUGAUACUGAGACUUUGUUGACUUGAAACUUGCUAGUUACUGCCCACUUUAUUUCAGCAUAUUAU